UUGUGAAGUGAGCGGAGUUUGAGGAGGAGUUGGUGUGUGGCCGUUUCUGUGACUGUAAAGUAAACCGGCAAACACCAGUCCCUGAAAGAUUAACACAGUUAAAAUCACCUGUUGGUUUCUCUUCUUCCUCGCAACCUCUAACCACCCCCCUUCCCGAACCUUUCGAGCACCAUCCCCCCUCCCUCCCUAAACAGCAGCGCUUUAAAAUGCCGCGGGGGUUGAUGAACCAUUACCUAAAAGCCCGUUCUUUAGUCAGACACAUAUCAUUUUUUGUUAAGCCGGAUCAAUUUUGCUCCAUCGUCGGCCCCUUCAGUUGCUGGCGUCGUCAGCCUCCCGUCAGAAACGUUGCCCUCUCGGUACUUCGUCGGGCUGAGGUUCCCGAGGCUCUUCCAACUGCAGUCGAUUCGGAAACGAGCUCCAGCAGAAAGACUUCACAGCAUGAUCCGUGUUUGCACAAACCCGUGAUGGUUAAAGAGAUUAUUCAAUAUUUGUCGCCGAAACCAGGGCAGAUAUUUCUAGACAUGACUUUUGGAGCAGGAGGCCAUUCGAAGGUGAUCCUCUCCCAAGCCCCUGACAUUUCAGUGUUUGCUCUUGAUAGAGAUCCAAUGGCAUAUGAAAUUGCUAAACAACUUUCACAAACCUAUCAUGGACACUUUCAACCUCUUCUUGGAAGGUUCAGCCAACUGGAGGCCUUAUUAGUUGCAUCUGGUGUAGAGGCAGAUACUUUCGAUGGAAUUGUUAUUGAUGCAGGCUGCUCUUCUAUGCAGUUAGACAUGCCAUGUCGCGGUUUUGCUUUAAGCAAGGAUGGUCCCCUAGACAUGAGAAUGGAUGGGAACAGGUACCCCGACAUGCCCACCGCAGCUGACGUGGUGAAUGCCUUAGAUCAACAGUCACUUGCGUCCAUCUUAAGGAUCUAUGGAGAGGAAAGGCAUGCAAAGAAAAUAGCUGCAGCAAUCGUACAGGCACGCAGCAUCUAUCCCAUCACUCGUACUCAGCAGCUCGCCAGUAUAGUUGCAGGAGCAUUUCCAGCAGCUGUAACGUAUGCACGUAAAGAACUGCUUCAGAGAUCUGCACAUGUGGCAACUAAAACGUUCCAGGCUUUACGAAUCUUGGUGAAUGAUGAAUUGAAUGAGUUGCUUAAAGGACUUAAGGCAGCUCACAAAUUCUUAAAACCCCGAGGCUGCUUGGUUGCAUUGACAUUUCAUUCGCUUGAAGAUCGCAUCGUAAAGUUUCUGCAAGAUAUAGAUUUUUCUGAGAAGCCCAAUCUAAGUUCAAGGCAAAAAAUUAGGCAAGGACUUAAAAAGAAGCCAGAGGAGGAUGAAACAUGUCACACAAAGCAGGGCAAUUUGAGCUGGUCAAGCAUUCAAAAGAAAGUAUUGACUCCGGACUUCCAGGAAAUUCAGGAAAAUCCACGAGGACGUUCUGCAAAACUUAGAGCCGCGCCAUAAAACUAUGAAAAAUGAGCUUAAGCAGGGUUUCUCAAAGCUCAAUGCAAGAUGAAAUUUGAUGUACUGCUGGUUUUUGUAAACUUUACUGAAAAUACCAAAUAAACAA